AAUGAGAGUCCAAGAUGUUUGUCACUGUUCUGGCAGUCCAGAAACAUUGCAGAGUGGUGAUUUUUGAGAUGUUUCUUGCUACACGUGUCUGUCUUGCUGAACUUUUCUACAUCUCAGAUAAGCUGACUGUUGAUUAAUGAAAUAAUCUGGAAAUGUUUGCAGCAGUAUGUCAAAAAGAUUUACAGAUGAAAUUCCUGAUGAACGCAGUAAACAUGGGAUCUUAGUUCUAUCAGCCCUUUGAAAGUAAGAUGAACUCUUCAGAUUUGCAGCUCUAGCCUCGGCAUGGAACCUCUAGAGAAUUCCGAGCAGCCUGUCAUUCUGAGACAAGAGAAAAAGAGAAUUAGAAGAAGGAUGAAGCCAUUUGCAACACCAAAUACCUUUACAACAGUGGAAGUAAUAGCUAUUGAGUUUCUAUUGCCAACAAUUAAUAAACAUACUAAUAAAGCAGAGACCCUGAUAUUGGAUAUCACUGGGAACUGCACUGUUGAGCAAAUGCAAGUACAAGUCUGGAUGAAUGCAAUUGAGUCAAGUGUAAACCCAGAAUUCUACCAUCAUCUUCACCCUGAUCAGUGUAUACUCCUUUACCAGAAAAAAGGACAAUGGUAUGAAAUUUAUGACAAACAGCAAGUGAUUCAAACAUUAGAUUGUACUCUGUACUGGAAAACACUUCAGAAAACUGUAGGAAAAAUUAGCAUUAUGCAGAAGCCAAAACCAUCAGAAGAGGCCUUGCAGUUUCAAAAGCAACUGAAUUACUUAAUAGGUAUUGAUGUUACUGAUGUCAGCAAUGUGCAUGAUGAUGAACUGGAAUUCACACGCCGUAAACUGAUGACUUCUCGAAUAAUCGAAGUAACAAGUAGAGAUCCAAAACUGUACUCCAUGGAUCCAUGGAUCACAUCUAAACCUCUUCCAGAGUUUUUAUUAAGUAAAAUAAUCAACAAUAAUAUCUUCAUUGUCAUCCACAGAGGAACAACAAGUCAGACAAUAAAAGUUUCAAUUGAUGACACACCAAAUGUGAUUCUUCAGGCAUUUUUUGCAAAAAUAGCAAAGAAAAAGUCUUUGCUGGAUAUCCCAGAAGAUCAUGAUGAGGCAGAUUUUGUUCUACGAGUCUGUGGGAGAGAUGAAUACAUUACAGGAGAAAGGCCAGUCUCAGAGUUCCACUGGAUAAGACACUGUCUGAAGAAUGCAGAAGAAAUUCAUCUUGUUCUUGAGUCUCCACCUGAUCCAAGUCUUGAUGAAGUUCAGCAGGAGGAGUGGCCACUUGUUGAUGACUGCACAGGUGUCACUGGAUCUCAAGAACAAUUGACUAUAGAAGGAAAGGACCAUGAGAAAGUAUUUACAAUUUCCUUAUGGGACUGCAACAGAAAACUUAGACUAAAGAUAAUCGGUACUGAUAUUCCAGUUCUUCCAAAAAGUACAGAACUUACUAUUUUUGUUGAAGCCACAAUUCAGCAUGGACAGCAGAUUCUUGCACAGCAAAGAACAACUUCCAAACCCUUUACUGAAGAGGUUGUCUGGAAUACGUGGCUUGAAUUUGAUAUAAAGAUUAAAGAUUUGCCCAAGGGUGCACGACUGAGUCUUCAAAUUUUCUCUGGCAAGCUACAAGCACUCUCGACAAAAACUGGCCACCAACUAUCAGAUUCCUUCAGUAGUGAUUCUAAGUUUAAAAAUCAGUUGCUUUACUAUGUAAAUCUCUUACUAAUUGAUCACCGUUCACUGCUAAGGCAAGGUGAAUACAUACUUCACAUGUGGAAGAUUCCUGAUAAGGGUGAGGAACAGGGAAGCAUCAGUGCAGAUAAACUGACAUCAGCAACCAAUCCAGACAAAGAAACAUCAAUGGCUAUUGCCAUUGUUUUAGACAAGUACUGUUUCCCCAUAACACUUCCAAAAAACAGAAUUUCUAGUUCCUCGGGUGAAAUGCAGAGGCCUGAAAUGCCAAAUCAGCUCCGCAAACAGCUUGAAGAAAUUAUAGAUACUGAUCCCUUGAAUCCAUUGAGUCCUGAGGACAAAGAAUUACUGUGGCACUUUAAGCAUGAAAGCCUGAAGCACCAGAAAGCCUAUCCUAAGCUGCUUAGUUCUGUCAAAUGGGGAUUACAGGAAGAUGUACUAAAAAUACAUCAGUUGCUAUCAAGACAGGAGGCAUGGGACUCCGGUCCUUUGGAUGUUGGGCUAGCAAUGCAGCUCUUGGACUGCAACUUUUCUGAUGAAAUGGUCCGAACAAUGGCCAUCAAAAAACUAGAAAGUUUGGGUGAUGAUGAUGUCCUUCGGUAUCUUCUGCAACUUGUACAGGCUGUGAAGUUUGAGCCAUUUCAUGACAGUGCUUUGGCAAGAUUUCUCCUCAGGCGAGCUCUCAGAAGUAAACGAAUCGGUCAUUUCCUUUUCUGGUUUCUGAGAAGUGAAAUUGCUCAGAGUAUGCAUUAUCAGCAGCGGUUUGCAGUACUGCUUGAGGCCUAUCUUAGAGGAUGUGGAAAAGCCAUGCUACAUGACUUCAUGAAACAAGUCCAAGUAACAGAAGCUCUACAAAAAGUCACACUUGAUAUCAAAUCAUUUUCUGCAGAAAAAUAUGAUGUUUCACCACAAGUGGUCAUGCAGCUACGACAGAUCCUUGAAAGGCUACAGCAGUCUGUUCUGCCAGAAAGUUUUAAAGUCCCAUAUGACCCAGGCCUCCGAGCUGGAACACUUGUGGUAGAAAAAUGCAAAGUGAUGGCUUCUAAGAAAAAACCUCUGUGGCUUGAAUUUAAAUGUGCAGAUUCGACAGCCCUGUCAAAAGAAACCAUUGGAAUCAUUUUUAAGCAUGGAGAUGAUCUCAGACAAGACAUGCUUAUUCUGCAGAUCCUGCGAAUUAUGGAAUCCAUUUGGGAAGAUGAAUCUUUGGACCUUUGCUUACUACCAUAUGGUUGCAUUUCUACUGGAAAUAAAAUAGGAAUGAUUGAAAUAGUAAAGGAUGCAACAACCAUAGCUAAAAUUCAGCAAAGCACUGUUGGUAAUACUGGCGCAUUUAAAGAUGAAAUCCUGAAUCAGUGGCUCAAAGACAAAUGUGCAAUUGAGGAGAAGUUUCUGUCUGCAGUGGAAAGGUUUGUGUAUUCAUGUGCUGGCUACUGUGUUGCCACCUUUGUGCUUGGAAUUGGAGACAGACACAAUGACAACAUUAUGAUAACAGAAUCAGGAAAUCUUUUCCAUAUUGAUUUUGGUCACAUUCUGGGCAAUUACAAAAGUUUUAUGGGAAUUAGCAAGGAAAGAGUUCCAUUCGUUUUAACUCCUGACUUUCUCUAUGUGAUGGGAAUCUCUGGAAAGAAGACAAGUGCCCACUUUAAUAAAUUUCAGGAUGUCUGUGUCAAAGCAUACUCAGCUCUCCGACAUCACACCAAUCUUCUGAUCAUUCUCUUUUCCAUGAUGCUAAUGACAGGGAUGCCCCAGUUAACCAGUAAAGAGGACAUUGAGUACAUUCGAGAAGCACUGACUGUGGGCAAAAGUGAAGAGGAAGCAAAAAAACAUUUUCUCGAUCAGAUAGAAGUUUGCCGAGAUAAAGGCUGGACUGUGCAAUUCAAUUGGUUUCUGCAUCUUGUCCUUGGAAUUAAACAAGGUGUUGAGAAACAUUCAGCAUAGAUUGCAACAUCUUUUAUGUCUUUAAACUAUUAAGCAGCCAGACUGUAAGGUGACUUAUUUGUUUCUUCUCUCAUCAAGAAUGAAACACUUGUACUAAACUUGCGCCUUUGAACCAAAUAUCAAAAAAUAAAUAUAGUUGUUCAGUGAAUAA